UAAUGCAAUAAUUGCUUAUGCAGUGCUAUUAGUCUAAUAUUUUUAAUUAUCCAUUAAAAAACUGGAUCAUUAUUUUGAAAUAUAAAUUAUUUAAACCAAUAUUUUAAACAAGAAUAACAACGACUAUGAAUGGUUUAGCCAGUUCAGCUACAAAACCUUAUUUUAAAACUGCGUUAAAUUUGAAUUUGCAGUAGUUCGCUCGCCUUACGCCAGGUAGCGUGAAUGUCGGGCUUUUGACAGAGCAAGAAAAGCAGACUUGAAACUUGAACACGAACGAGAACAACACAGGUUGACUUGUUUCCCAAAAUAUAGUCCGUGAUCGUGGAGUGAAGAACGAAACGAAUUGGGUUGGAAGUGUAAUGACGAAAACAAUGUGAAUUCGGGUUGAAAAUAAUUGUAUUUUUGUUUGUGAAGUGUAAAUUACAUUAAUCAAUGAUCAAUUCGUUACGAUAUUCAUUGUGGUGUCAACUCCAGAUCUCAAGGUGUAUGAUUUUACAGUUGACAACAGUUUCAAAUUAUUGGAUCAGAGUAUUUUAUAAUUUUUAAAUUUAUCAAUCUAUUUCUUCAAUUGCUACAAAGUGGUGCUGUGUAUAGUUUUUAUCAGUUUUGAGAAUAAUUUCUAUUCAAGAUAAGUCGGUACGAACGCAGCUAUUCGUCUCCUACACCUAGGAGAUUUCACAGGUUAAGGCAGUUCAGUGAUAAGAUCAGUAGGCCCUAAGUUAGAUGGUUUGUCAGGAACAAGAUGGUUGAAUCCAUAGACCUGUCAAGACCCAGACCAAGAGAGAGGAAUAUGUGACUGGUGAGACUGAUGGCCGUUGUGGAAAUAAUAUCCGGAUUCAAAUUCGCUGACAUUAUUGGUUUGUUUUUCAGGUCUCAACUGGGCAAAGGAGUGGAGGAGGAGUGGAGGGGCGGCGGAGAGGCAGGUGGCAGGAGGCAACCGAAGGAGGAGGAGGAGGAUGUCGAGCAAGGAAGGAGGCGGAGGAGAAGUGAUGAGGAGGAGGAUGAGGAAGAGUCGGAGGAGAGGAAGCACGAGGAGCAGGGGGAGCAGCUUGAGGGGGGACGCCAUCACGAUGAUGAGGAUGACGAUGAAGAGGAAUGUGACGAUCCGGCUGGCGAGGAGAGCCGACCUCUGCGCCCCGGCCGACCUGUGCCUGUGCAGCUGGUGAGCGCGGAAAAGAAGCGCUGUACAGCCGCGGUGGCGGAUCGCGGAACUAGCGAUGAGGUUGGCAGCAGUGGUGGUGUGGGUGUGAGUGGAGGUCGCCCCUCCUCCUGGUACGAGGAGACAGUGACGUCACGCACACGUGUCCGACCCGACACCGACACGGCACGACGACACACGGCAACGACACGCUCGUGGUACGGCCUGCCGGCUGCUGCCACUACCACACACCAUUAUGGCGCGCUUUCUGAAGAGGACCUUCACUCGUCGCCGCACCACAGAGCAGCGAGCAGCGGUCGCCCCUCAGAGCUGCUGCGGUCGCUGGUCUCCAUGGCAACGCUGAGCCGGCGCAAGAGCUGCUCGACAACUGCGCUGCACCAUUCGUCGCCUGCGCGCGCGCACUCCACAAUCACCGUGCAGCCGCGCAAGUGCGAAACAGUGGUCGCGCUCAGCAGUCUGCAAAUGGAGCCGGUCAACCGACUGCGCAUGCCCAGCCGCGUCUGUUCGCGCUGCUCCAGUCUCUUGUCGAUGGCUUCGUCUUCCAGGUACUCGAUAGACACAGUGACUGGAGGGUUUGUGCAGGUGAAGCCAGCGUCGCCCGCCCUCUGCAAGCUGUGCCUCGUUGAGCUUCCUCCCUCCAGCAUGUGGACUCUGCAGCAGUGCUCCUGUGUAUUCUGCAUCGAGUGCAUGCGCGCCUACGUGGAGUUCGAGAUCAACGAGGGAGCGUAUGAGAUCUCAUGUCCGGACGCACUGUGCGAGCAGCAGGGAGUGAUUACGAUGGCCGAGAUGGAGCGUCUAGUCAGCGCAGACACCCUCGACAAGCACAAGCGCUUUCGCCUCAACCGCGAGGUCGAGCUCGACAAGAGUCGCACCUGGUGUCCGCGCGCCGGCUGCGAGACCGUCUGCACUGUCUGCUCUGUUGGCGGCACAUCAGUGGGCGGUUGCCAGCCGCAGUCGGUACACUGUCCGACGUGUGCGGCCGACUUCUGCUCGUCGUGUCGUGCGCCGUGGCACGGCCUUGACAUUGCAUGUCGGCCCGACCAGCUGGCUCAACAGCAGCUCACCUUCGACUCGGAACUCAUCAAGUGCUGUCCCAUGUGCGCAGUGCCCAUCGAAAAGGACGAGGGCUGUGCGCAGAUGAUGUGCAAACGCUGCAAGCAUGUCUUCUGCUGGUACUGUCUCGCCUCGCUCGAUGACGACUUUUUGCUGCGGCACUACGACAAGGGUCCGUGCAAGAACAAGCUGGGCCACUCGCGCGCGUCUGUGAUCUGGCACCGGACGCAGGUGAUCGGCAUCUUCGCUGGCUUCGGCAUCCUGCUGCUGGUCGCCUCCCCCCUCCUCCUGCUCGCCGCGCCCUGCAUCGUCUGCUGCAAGUGUCGCGUCUGCAGCAGCGGGCAGCGGCUCGACGGCGAUGAUGACCUCGAUGACAUGCCCACCUGAUUCGCACUCAGUCACUGAAAGAAAACUGUAGAAACGAGUACAUGCAUUCAAGAGGAAGGAAACCUGCCUUACCAUGCUACUAUAACUGUUUAUGUAAGAAUAUUAUAUAUCAAUUAUAGUUAGUCACCAAUCAUAAUUAUCGACUCUGCAUAUUAUACAGAUUAUUUGAAAGUACUUCACUUUGUAUGAUCAGGGAAAUUCUUAAACAAUUUUCCCAACACCGUCCUGAUGAUUAUCAUGUCAUUCUACAUUCAAACCAUGUAAAUAAAUCCAUCAUCUACGACUACGUACUAAAUGCUGAAUAUAUCUAUUCAAACAUUCACACUGAUAUUAGUUUUAAAAUGUUUAUGGACUAAAUAUCCGUAACUUGUAGAUAAUGUAUAAUGAUAAAAAACAAGGAGAGAAAUAUAAACUACAUUAGAUUUAGACGUUAUGAAGCACAUACUUUGAAAGUAAAUAACUGAAACAGUUAUGCCUUAUUUAUUGUAUAAAUGUACGUUCAACAAUGGAUUUGAUCGGAUAGGUUUUCGUUUUAAACGCUUCUGGAUAUCGGUUCUAAUCUAUUGAAACUGUAUAAGUCAAAGUAGAAUUUUUAUCAAUUCUAUUUUGAGUUACAGCUCAUCUGCCACUAUUGCAGAACAUGUAAAUUCUCUUUAUAAUUCAGAUGAAUUAUUUUUAUUUUCUACUGUAUUUACAUUAUUUUUGUAAUGUAUCAUUUUCAGUUUAGUAUGAAACCAGCUUAGUUUUAGCUUUGACAAUUAGAUUUUUGUACCUUAAUGCUGGAGAUCAAUUCAAAAUGAUAUUUUUUAUUUUUUGUUUCACAACAAAUCACUUGAAUUUUACUUUUUACAUGAGUGUAUAAUAUAAUUAACUUAUUCGCCGUAUAAAAUCAUACUACUAUUCGCAAAGUAAUAAAUUGCAACUUUUUGACAAGUUCCCCAAUUCCAACUUCCGUUAGUAUUUAUAAACCUUUCUAUUAUUCCUCGCAACUUUGACGAUUUUAUUACUGUAAAAAUAUCUCUGUACUUAAUUUUAAAUAAAAAUAUUAAUCACAAUAUUACUGUUACUGUCCUAUGUGGAUCAUAUAAAAAUUCAGAUUUCAUGUUGUUUAUUUGAAUAAAAUAUUGGUGAUAUCCUAUACAUUAAUAUGUUCUUAUAUUUAAAACAAAAAUGUUAUUUUCAUAAGGUCGCUCCAUAUUAUGCACCCAUUUUGUUGCCUAUUGGACAAGAAUUAUAUGCCUUCUAAUUCCCCUUCUGUAUACCAGAUGAAGCGUAUGUAUUUACUUGCUCUCAAAUUGUCUUUUUUCCGUUAGGGCUACUCUUGAAUAUAAAAGAAUGGAAAUCUAAGUACCCUUUUUAAAAUAUAAUGCCAUAUCACAUAAUGGCAUCAAAUAGCCGAAACAAGUUGUGAGUAAACAAUUAAAGGGUACUCACAUUUCUAUUUUUAUUUAGACUACUUGCGCUCUCAUAUUCGAACUACUGCUUUUAUAAUAAUUUAGUUUUUUUAGAAUUUUAUUGUGAAAAUACUAAAGUUAUUUUGGUGACUGCAUUUUAUUUACUGGUAAUGAUAAUGAUUGAUUCUUCCUAAUAACUUUUUUAGAAUUAUUAAAAAUAUCUUUUUAUUUAAACUAUUCUAAAACCAAAGUAUUUUGCAAAUGUUCUUUUUUGUGGGUAUGAAAAUUAAGUACCAUAAAAUUUAUCUACUCCUGGUAAUAGAGGGGUAAAAUAACUCUUCCAUUUAAAGAGAAUAUGAUGAUUGAGUUAAUCCUGUUGAGUGCCUUAUUGAGAUGGAGAAUGGUUCAAUUAAUAAUGAUUCUCAUAUUCUUUACCCUAUCGUAUUCGCUUGUCUUCUCGAUGCAGAAAGACACUGAAUCUAUUGAACAAUUUUCUAUUUUUUACCAUCCCAAAUUGCUUUACAAAUUCUAUAAAAUCGUAUUUUCCUGUAUAUGACUUUUCCGAUAAAAUCACUAAAGAUAAAAUCGAAUUAAAAAUAACUUUUGUUAGUAGGUACUCUACUUACAAUAAUAAUUAUUAUCUCUAUUUCAUUUUUAUUUCAAUGGAGUAUAUUUAUUUCUCAAUUUACUUUAUCAAAAAAUUAUUUUUAUCAAUAAUUUAGAAUGAGUGUGCUUUAUCUUCAUGCGUUAUUAUUGUAAACGAUGAAAACCUCACUAAAAUUUAUGAAACAUUAGUAUACUAUCUUCAGUAGACUUCCAAACGUGAAAAAAUAUUGCUCCUAAUGAAGAACCUAGUUUGAAAAAAAAUAAUUAUAGGUGUUUUCAAGUCUACCGAUAUCAAAUAAAUUUAGGUUUUUAUCAAUAAUGUGAUGAGAUUUGAUCAAUUUUCUUCGUAUGCCUCAUUUCAAUAAUACAAAACCGAUCUACUGUCAUAAAAAUUAUGAAAUGAAAAACCGAACUAAACUUUAAAUUCGUAUAAAACGUAAUCUUUAUCAGUUCUUCCAUGUAUAAUGUAUAUCACUCUAUUUAUUCACUAUCUGUUUCGUUCACUGAGUGUAUUUUGAUUUUCCAUGUAUUUCAGUAGUAAGUUUCGAGAAUGAACCUACAUAAGCUUCUUCAAUAUUUAUUGUAAUUGUUAUUAUAUGUGCGACUUAAUAUUAAGAAAGAAUUACAUAGAUUUUUCCAUUUGUCUUCUACUAUUAAGACUAUUACAUUAAUACGUUUUCAAUAUGCUUAACAUAAUAUGUAGCUGAAGUUCCAAAAUACAUUCAACUCUGUUAAUUUUGUUAAAACAUUAUAUUUAUAUGGUUAAAUUUUUUUCAUUCCUGCCAUGUUGUGUAUAGCUAUUUUUCUAUAAAUUGUUAUCAAGAAACGUUAUGCUUGUUAUUAUAAUAUUAUUGUUUAAAUAUUAAGUUUUCAACAUUUAUAAUAAUUAUUUUUCAAGCGAUUGUGAUAGAUAUUAUUGACAUUUGUUCUUAUUAUACGAUGCAACUCACUGAUUUCCAAGUUCUAUAUAUUAUUAAAUGUUAUAAUAAUCAUGUUGUAAAUUAUCAUUGUCUUAUAUCAGGCUGUGUACUGUUGAACUCAUCGAGAAAAUAAUUUUAAAUGUAAGUACAUUAAUAUUGUCAUUAGUUUUAAUAUGACAAAACAAUGCAAACUAAACAUACAAGUGCAAUAAAAAUGUUCAUUUCAAUACAUUUUAUUUCCAUAGAAUCACUCAGUAAUGAGCUAUAUUUUUUUAUUAGUUCAGUCGAAAGUACUUAACACCAUUAGCAAACCAUAAUACUGAAAAUAGUUAUACUGUAGUAUUACAACACUGAGAGAUAAUCACGAUUAAAAUUUAUAUAAAUUGUAUCAUUCAUAAUAUAGUGUAGCUUCAGAUAGUUCAUAACUUUAUAAAUAUUUUAAUUUUAUUUCCAUGAAACUCAUUAUGAUUUGUGAAAGUAUAUUAGUCUCAAAUUCAGAAACUUGUGUAGGUGAUAAUGUUGUAUAUUACGUAUUUUAAUGGUAUGUGACUUGAGUACGAGAAUUAAGUUAUUUUUAAAGGUAUUCAAUUAAACAUAGUUUUAAUCCAUUAAAA